AUGGCAGUCAAGGAAGACCAAGCUGCGCCUCCUGUGCUAGAUUUCUCGUCUUUCUGGAGCGGUGAUUCCGAGAAGCGAGCCGCCUUGAUAAACGCCUUGAGAAAGGCAUGCGAGGACAAAGGCUUCUUCCAGUUGGUCAACCAUGGCAUAUCCGAUAGUCUGCAGCGCAGCAUCAUUCAAGCCUCCAAAGACUUCUUCGCCCUGCCUCUAGAGGAGAAGUUGAAGUGCGACGGGGCCAAGAGCAAGCCAAGUCGUCGUGGCUAUGAGGUUCUUGGGGCGCAAAUGCUGGAGCCGGGCUCAAAGCCGGAGCACAAGGAGUCUUUCUAUGUCGGUGAAGACCUUCCAGCAGACCAUCCGCGCAUCCUUCGAGGUGACUAUAACUGCAGUCCCAACAUAUACCCAGAGGUCCUAGGCGAGCAAUGGAAGGCCGUAACCGCGCAAUACUAUCGGGAAGUCGUCGCCUUGGGCAUGGACGUUAUGCGCUCGCUGGCUCUCGGUUUGGGACUGCCAGAGUCUUGGUUCGACGACUUUAUGACCGAGCCGAGCUGCACGCUGCGGUUGCUGCAUUACCCGCCGACGCCGCGAGGUUGCGACAAAGAGCGAGGAGUCGGAGCGCAUCGAGACUUUGGCUGCAUCACCCUCUUGCUGCAGGACAGCGUUGGUGGUCUCCAGGUACAGGAUGAAACGACCGGCCGAUGGCAUGACGUUACACCCAUCCCCGGUGCACUUGUAGUUAACUUAGGGAACCUGAUGAUGCGAUGGAGCAAUCAUCACUACACCAGCAAUACGCACAGGGUGCUAAACUUCGCGGAGCAGGAUCGAACCUCCAUUGUCUUGUUCUUCAACGGCAAUCCAGAGCACAUUCUCGGUGUUCUGCCAGGGUGCGAGCAGCACCGGCAAAACCAGCACAAGAAAUAUGGUCCUCCAAUGGAGGUGGUGGUGGAGCCAGUGAAGGUGCGGGAGUUCUUGAAUCAGCAGUAUUUGGCAUCAUAUAACCGUGUUCAAGAGUACAAAGUCUGAAUGCAACAUCGUUUGCCUACCUUUCUGC